GAUAUACAAAGUAAUUUUUUUAUUUUUUUUUUAACGGAAUAUACGAAGUACUUCAUUUACGUAGCUGUAUUUAUAGUCUGAGGCCCCUUUCUCUUACAGAGAGAAAAAUCGAGAAGAAUGGAGAGGAAGACGUGGAAAUUAAUGGUGGCAAUCUGUGUGGCAGUGUACCUGGUACCUUCGAUCAACGCAAUCGAAUCGCCGCAAUAUUCUGUAAUCCACUCUGAAUCAGAUUUUGAAAUUAGGGUUUAUAAGAAAUCUACUUGGAUGUCUGCUCCCGUCAAUCACCUCUCCUUUCAUCAAGCUACCAAAUUAGGUUUUCACCGGUUGUUUCAAUACAUCCAAGGCGCCAAUUUGAACUUCUCUAGAAUCCCCAUGACAAAACCUGUGUUGACUAGCAUUGUCCCUGGAGCAGGACCACUUCAUUCAUCAUCAUAUGUUGUUCGCUUCUACUUACCUAUUAAGUUUCAAGCCACCCCACCACUUCCACUUCCUGAGCUCAACCUGAAGCCAGUCUCAUGGCCAAGUCACUGUGUUGCAGUGAGGAAGUUUUCAGGGUUUGCAGGUGACAGUAAUGUCGUAACUGAAGCUGAGAAACUGGCUACCAUUUUGGGAAGAUCACAAUGGGCCAACUUAACCUCAUCAGACAAUAAAAAUGCUUACUCAAUUGCUCAGUGUAAUUCUCCGUUCCGAAUAUUCAAUCGUGUUAAUGAAGUAUGGGUCAAUGUUAAAGGAUCUGAAUCGGAUAACUGCAUGUCAAGUGGAAUGGCUACAUACUGAAUAACCUACCUCAAGUUUAGCUCUGCAAAUAUUUAAUGUUGUCUGUAUUAUCCAUGUACUUCCUCCGUUCUGUUAAUAUUGCAACAAGGAGAAAAUUACGCAUCCCGAAACACCUUUUAUAUGCUAAAUAUCUAUAAUUGUGUAAGAGUAAAAAUUAUAAAAAGUUGAUAUUGUGAAAGUAUUUUAUGA